AUGGCCCUCACUUUCCCGGCCAUGUUCUCGCUCGAGAAUAGGACCGCCGCCGUCACAGGCGCGACAAGAGGCAUCGGAGCCGCAAUGGCUGUGGCCCUGGCAGAGGCUGGGGCUGAUAUCGUCUUGGUCCAGAGAGACGACACCAAUACGACGACAAAGACCGCCAUCGAAGCCCUCGGCCGCAAAGCCUCCAUCUACACGGCCGACCUGGCCUCACAGUCCGAGGUUUCUAGCCUCGCACUCAAAAUCCUCAAGGAAGGCGGCCACGACGUCUCCAUCCUGGUGACGUGCGCGGGGAUCCAGCGGCGACAUCCCGCGCACCAAUUCCCCCUCGCGGACUGGGACGAGGUGCUGCAGGUGAACCUGCGGAGUGUCUUCACCCUGUGCCGCGACUUCGGGGCGUACAUGCUCACGCGACCUCUCCCGACGGGUGGUGGGAGAAGGGGUUCCAUCGUCAACAUCGCCAGCCUGGUCAGCUUCUCCGGCGGGCUGACCGUCCCGGCCUACGCGGCCGCAAAGGGCGGCAUCGCCCAGCUCACAAAGGCCCUCAGCAACGAGUGGGCCGGCCGCGGGGUCAACGUCAACGCCAUCGCGCCGGGGUACGUCCACACGGACAUGAACGAGGCGCUCAUCAACGAUGAGACCCGCGCCAGACAGAUCCUCGAGCGCAUCCCCAUGGGUCGGUGGGGGACGCCGGACGAUUUCAAGGGCGCGGUCGUCUGGUUGGCCAGUCCGGCGAGUGCGUAUGUAUCGGGGCACGUGCUGGUUGUGGAUGGGGGGUGGAUGGGGAGGUAG